CAACCGCUGCCACAGAUACAACAACCGGUUCCUAUAUCCUCAUUAUCCGCACACCCGGCCUCCAUCUUUUACUGUCCACCCUACCACUAGCGGCACAUCCCGUUACGCCGUCCCUCCCUCCUUGGCGGCGGGUAACGGGCAGCCGGGCAGGUGACGAGGACACGCCUCUGUUCUCACCAUAUAAACAGACGAAGCCCCGCCUCCUCCCAGAAUGCACCGUACUGAAAACAAAACCCCACGUGACAAGAGCCGGUGACUAGAGGCGGACAUGGCGUCUCCCAGUGGGAAGGGAGUCCCGAGCUGGCAGUACCUUGCGGCGGUGACCGGGGGCCCCUGGAGCCCCCGGAAAGGAGCGGAGCCGGCCGACCCGGUGGAUGACGCAGAGGGGCUGUAUGUGGCGGUGGAGCGGUGCCCGCUGUGUAACACCACACGCCGCAGGCUGACCUGCGCCAAGUGCGUCCAGAGCGGGGACUUCAUCUUCUUUGACGGGAGGGACACUGAGAGGUUUGCAGACAAGAGGGAGAGAUUAAAUCGUUUAAGGGAAACACAGCUAGAUUUCCAAAAACAGGUUGCGAACGUCAUAGAGGGCAAGCUGGCUGCAGAUAGGCUGAAAUGGAAGAUCAUGUCAUGCAAAAUGAGGAUUGAACAACUGAAGCAGAGUAUAUUUAAUGGAAAUGAGGAGAUCGCCAAGAAUUCAGAGCUCAUCUCCAAGUCUAAAAAAUACAACCAGGAGCUGUAUAUCAGGAGUCAAAGGCACCAGGAGAAGAAAGAGAAGAUCCAGAGGCGGAAUCAUAAGCUCAGUGUGGUGCUGGAGAAGAGGAACAAGGAUCUGAAGAGUCGGCACGCAGAACUAGCCAGUCUGCGGCGGUCCCAUAUACUAGAGCUCACUUCUGUUAUAUUUCCCAUAGGCGAAGUGAGAAAUGUAACAAGGGAUCCAGCAGACGUCUCCUUUGAGAGCGACAAUGCGAUGACCUCCAGCACUGUGAGCAAGCUGGCCGAAGCUAGGAGGACCACUUACCUUUCUGGAAGAUGGGUGUGUGAUGAUCACAAUGGAGAUACCAGCAUUAGUAUUGCUGGACCCUGGAUUACGCUGCCAAACAAUGGCGAUUACUCUGCCUAUUACAACUGGGUGGAGGAGAAGAAGACCACAGAGGGGCCUGACAUGGAACACAGCAACCCUGCGUACACAAUCAGUGCUGCUUUAUGUUAUGCUACUCAGCUUGUCAACACCUUAUCUCACAUUCUAAAUGUCAACCUUCCAAGAAAACUUUAUAAUAGUGAGUUUUGUGGAGAGAAUUUGAGCCGCUACAAGUUUAAUCGUGCAGUGAACAAGUUAAACUCCAACAUCUUAUAUCUGUGUUUUUCUCAGCAUGUGGACCUGGACCUAUUGCAUCAGUUACAUACGCUCAGGAAUCUCAUGUACUUGGUUAGUCCAGACAGUGAAAACCUCGGCAGGUCUGGGCCUUUUGAAAUUACCGCUGAUCUAGAAGACUCCAUGGAGUUUGUCGAUCCCAGUGGGGCCGGCGAGAGUGAUGAGAGUGGAGAUGAACACAUAAGCGACGAAGAGACUGAUCUGGGUACUGACUGGGAGAAUCUGCCAAGUCCCAAGUUCUGUGACAUCCCAUCUCAACCACUGGAAAUGUUGGAAAGCCAGAGUACAAUGAUGUCCCAACCUAUCGCUAGCAGCAGUGCUGGUGGCAUGAUUUCGUCUGCAGCUGCUUCCGUCACCUCAUGGUUCAAAGCAUACACUGGUCACCGUUAACGUGGUUCAGAGACACAAAUAUGUGGCAUUAACUCUCCCCUAAAUGACUUUUUACACAGCUGAGAGAAGGUAGCUUGACUUGCAGAUGGCAAAACCUUUUUAUACAUGCGACUGUUUUA